CUCGACGCGAUUCACUUUAAAAACUGGCACGAAGAGUACAUGAGUACGGAAACCGACUCUCUCCAUGUAAUCUCAGCCAUUGCGAUCAUCGUUCCUUUCCUGUACCCCGCAGUUCAUCAUUCCUCGCCCAUCUUAACCCCACGAAGAAAGGCACAGAAAACAAUAAACACCAUCAACGCUGCAAACCCAGGUCUAGAGAUCAUUAACAAAUAUAACAACGGUGAUCAUCAAUGAGAAGGACAUUGCAUUACUCGAUGACGAUCAAAGCCUGAGAAUCUACACCCUUUCUGCCACUACCGGACUUUGUUUGUUUGCUCCGGCCAUCAACUACAUUCAAAAUCUCCCUGUUUCCUAUCUCUUCCCGAAGACAAGGUGUCAAAGUGCUGAGACCCCUCGAAGGGAAGCGAAGAAUAUGGCGCCCUCAGCGGCCGAGAAGGCGCUCUCCCCCGCUGCGUUUUUCACCACGCUUCUCCAUCUGGUCAAUCUCGAGCAAGACUCCGAGAUCGCCGAGACGUCGUUGCUGCUCUCGUCCACGCCCCCCACGACACUUUCCCGUGCCGGCCUCGCAAUCCUCAACCUCGCGGUCCACUCCCUCAAGACUGGGCUCGGGGGCCGCAGCGUGGUUGAGCUCGGUCUCGACCCGGCGGUCGUGAGCAAGGACGCCAAGGGCGAGUUGCCGGAGCAUGGCAUUCGGACGGGGGAUAUCGUGCGGGUCGGGGAGACCCCGAAAGGGACCGCGAGGAAGAAAGAAGCUGCAGAGUUGAAGGGUAAAGGGGUUGAAGGCGUGGUGGUCCGCGUUGGGGAGAGGGCCGUAUGGGUUGCGCUGGGCAAGGAUAGUAGCGGAAGCGAUAAUGUCGAAGAGGUCCCGGACGGGAAAUUAUGGCUAGUCAAACUGGCAAACGACGUCACUUACAAGAGAAUGAACCAGACCCUGACCAGGCUACUCAAAACACCCGAGUCGUCAUACACGACGCUCCAGCGCGUCCUCUUGAGCCUCUCUUCCGCAGGCACAGCUGACUCGUCUCAAUCGGACGACGUCGUUUUCUUCGACCCGACAUUAAAUCCAUCUCAACAAGACGCAGUCCGUUUCGCCCUCUCCUCACCAGAGAUAGCUCUCAUCCACGGUCCACCUGGGACGGGAAAGACGUACACCCUCAUCGAACUCAUCCUGCAGCUUCUCAAGCGUGAUCAACGUGUUCUGGUAUGCGGACCCAGCAACAUUAGCGUGGACAACAUCGUCGAACGUCUCUCUUUGACCUCUCCUAGUACUCCAAUCGUUCGCCUAGGUCAUCCAGCCCGCCUCUUGCCAAGUGUCUUGAACCACUCGCUCGAAGUGUUGACGCGGACGAGCGAGGCCGCGGGAAUUGUAAGUGACGUGCGCAAAGAAAUGGAUGCGAAGCAGGCGUCAAUUCGGAAGACUCGCAAUGGCCGUGAACGGCGUGCGAUUUACGCCGACCUGAAAGACUUAAGGAAAGAGUACCGCGAGCGGGAAGGGAAGUGUAUAGAUGGGCUGGUAACGGGCAGCAAGGUGGUGCUGUCGACACUCCACGGUGCUGGGAGUUAUCAAAUCCGCAAUCAGGCGUUCGACGUCGUGGUGAUUGACGAAGCGAGUCAGGCCCUCGAGCCACAAUGCUGGAUUCCGCUGGUCUUCGGAGGAGCAAACGUGAAAAAGCUAGUAUUAGCGGGUGAUCAUCUGCAGUUGACGCCGACGGUCAAGAGCGCAGAUAACAAAGACACCAAGGAGGGAAAGAAAGCAAGGAUCAAAACUCUGGAGGAAGAAUUGGCCAAGUUGUCUGUCAAACACGAAGAAUUAAAGGCAGCGAAGAGUUGGUCCUUGGAAACAACAAUGUUUGACCGGCUCCUGGCCAGGCACGGAUCCGGGAUCAAGAGGCUGCUGAAUACGCAGUACCGAAUGCAUGAAAAAAUAAUGUGGUUCUCUAGCGAUGAGCUGUAUGAAGGGAAGCUUGUCGCAGCCGAUUCUGUUAAAUCUCGACUGUUGAGAGAUCUGCCAUACGAAGUAAAAGAGACCGAAGACACCAUCGAACCACUUGUGUUUUUCGACACGCAAGGAGGUGAUUUUCCAGAGAAGACAGAGGACGACUCAAGUGGCCAGGUUCACAAAUCGACCCUGCUAGGAGACAGUAAGUGCAAUGAAAUGGAAGCGGCUGUGGCUGCCAUGCAUGUGAAAAAUCUGGUUGAAGCUGGGGUCAGGGACGAAGACAUCGCAGUUAUAACGCCUUACAACGCUCAGCUUGCUAUUCUCAGCUCAUUGCUCAAGGAGAAAUAUCCAAGCCUUGAGCUGGGCAGUGUGGAUGGCUUCCAGGGCCGGGAGAAGGAAGCCGUCGUUGUCAGUCUGGUCAGAAGCAACGCUGAAAAGGAGGUGGGCUUCUUGGGCGAGAAAAGGAGAUUAAAUGUUGCAAUGACCCGACCAAAACGCCAUUUGUGCGUGAUUGGCGAUUCAGAGACCGUGUCUCGAGGCAGCCCCUUUUUGAAGAGGUGGAUGAAAUUCUUGGAUAACCAUGCUGAUCUGAGAUAUCCAAACAUUGACGAAUUGGAAUUCGGGUAGUUUGCGUUGUUGCACAGCAUCCUGCAAUUCUGAGAUCUUCAAAGUCGGGCUCGUGACCUGGAUCAUCCAGACCCGACGUCGGCAAAUCUCGCAAACGAACUUCGUACCAGUGGGAUGCACGCCUCGUAUUGGUUUGCAUCAGGGACAUUUGAAACGCAUACGAAGGGCCCUGGUGAGCCAGUUUCAUGUCGAGGCGACAGGUCUGACGUGGGAUGUCCUCAACAAAUGAAC